AUGACCGUGCUGGAGAUUGCGGUGGCGGUCGCCUUGUUCCUGGGAUCUGCGUCAGCGGCUUCUCUGGGCCCGGUGAUCACAGAAGGAGGCAUGGUGGAGGGAAAAAACCAUCGGCUGGGACUCACCCGCUCCAUGGACGUGUUCAAGGGGAUUCCCUUCGCUGCCCAGCCUCAGCGCUUCGAGAAACCCCAACCCCACCCUGGCUGGGAAGGAGUACUGAAGGCCACCACGUUUGCCAAGAGGUGCCUGCAGGUGAGAGUGACUCAGACUGAUAUUCGCGGCAGUGAGGACUGUCUCUACUUGAACAUCUGGGUCCCCCAAGGCCUAAAGGUGUCCACCGGCCUGCCUGUCAUGGUCUACCUCUUUGGGGGUGGAUUCUUGGUCGGGGGGUCCAUGGGUGCCAACUUCCUGGAUAACUACCUGUACAGCGGAGAGGAGAUCGCCGACAGGGGGAACGUGAUUGUGGUGACGCUGGGGUACCGCGUGGGCACUCUGGGGUUCCUGAGCAGCGGCGAUGCCAGCGGGCCAGGGAAUUAUGGGCUGUGGGAUCAGCACGCCGGUAUCGCCUGGGUUCACCGGAACAUCAGGGCCUUUGGAGGAGACCCCGACACCAUCACCGUCUUCGGGGAGUCAGCCGGGGCCGCCAGCGUCAACUUCCAGCUCAUCUCUCCCAAAAACAAGGGCCUGAUCCGCAGGGGAAUCUCACAGAGCGGGGUGUCGCUCAGUCCAUGGGCCAUCAACAAGAACCCGCGAGCACUGGCGGAGAAGGUUGCCAUUAAGGUGGGGUGCCCCAUAGAUGAGAAGAUGAUGCCUUGCCUGAAGAUCACAGACCCUGUGGCCCUCACUAUGGCUGGGACACUCGACCUGAAUGGGUCUCCAUCCAACCCGAUUGUACUCAACCUGGUUCUGGCGCCCGUGGUUGAUGGGGACUUCCUGCCCGACGACCCCGGCAACCUGUUCCACAACGCCGCGGACAUCGACUACAUCGCCGGAAUCAACAACAUGGACGGCCACAUCUUCUGCGGCAUCGACGUGCCCUCCAUCAACCAGCCUCUGCAGCCCACGGCCCCGGAGGUGGUGAUGGAUCUGCUGACCGCUCUGACCAAAGAGAAAGGGCCCGAGGCGGCCAACCUUGCCUACCAAGAGUACACCAAGAGCUGGGGCUCCAACCCCAGUAAGUCCAUCAUCAAGCAGACAGUGGCCGAGAUCCAGACCGACUUCAUCUUCCUGGUGCCCACCCAGGCCGCACUCUACCUGCAUGCCAACACGUCCAGGACCGCACGCACGUACUCCUACCAGUUCUCCGUGCCGUCCCGAAUCCCCGUCUUCCCCAGCUGGAUGGGGGCGGACCACGCCGAUGACCUGCAGUACGUUUUCGGCAAGCCCUUCACCACCCCACUGGCCUACUUCCCCCGCCAUCGGGACGUGUCCGGCUACAUGAUCGCCUACUGGACCAACUUCGCCAAGACUGGUGACCCCAAUCAGGGAGAGUCCAAGGUCCCCGUCACCUGGCCUCCCUUCACCGGCACGGAGCACCAGUACCUGGAGAUCAACGAGGACAUGAACCGCAACUCGGUCCGGCAGAAGCUGAGGACCCGCUUUGUGCGGUUCUGGAGCGAAACGUACGGCAGGCUCCCGACGGUCCAGAGCGCUUCAGCGGAGUAG